AUGGGUGCAGCCAUCCCUCAUCUAGUCUUACUUGGUGAUAGCACUCUAGAUAACAAAUUCUAUGUAGCCAAAGGAGAGCUCGCGAUAAUCGAUCAACUAAAAGCUAAAGCACAAGCACGGGGCUGGAAAGCGACGUCUGUUGCUGUCGACGGUCACUCCAUUUCACAUAUAGCUACUCAACUAACCAAAAUUCCUGAAGAUGCCACACAUUUAUUCAUAUCUAUCGGUGGAAAUGAUGCGCUUGCCUAUAUGCAACGUUUGAGCACACCCGUGAAAAAUCUUGGCGAAGGUUUAAUAGUAAUGGAUGAGAUAAAAAAGGAAUUCGAGGAGGAAUAUGUCGCAAUGUUAAAACAUGUCAGCGAACGACAGAUUCCCACUGUUGUAUGCACAAUGUAUCGCCCAAAUUUUGAUAAUCCUAAUCAAAAGCAGAUGUCUGGACCAGCAUUAUCUGCAUUGAACGACGUUAUCAUCACCGAAGCUACCAAACUUGGACUACCUGUAAUCGAUUUUAAAACGAUUUUCAAUGAUCCAAUGGAUUAUGCCAAUGCCAUCGAACCUGCUGCUCAAGGUGGUAGGAAAGUUGUCGAAAAUAUGAUCUAUGUGAUGGAUAACCAUCAAUUUGCGAAGAAGAUUUGCGCAAUUUAUGCGAGAGUCAAUGAAUAA